GCAAUGAGUGCAGUGUUAUCUAUCUCUUCCAAUAUGAGCAGCAUCCAGGCAGUCGCUGAAUCCUACAAGGUAUUCAACCCCAGAGCGUACUUACAGAAUAACUAUGUGCCCCCUAGGGCAGACUUCUCAAGUGAAGACAGCGUCAUGUGCUGGAAACUACGCCGACUUCAUGAGGCUUGUGGCAAAGGUGAAAUAAAAGGACACACCCUGGUAGACAUCGGCUCAGGUCCUACAAUAUACCAGUUGUUGAGUGCCUUUGAGCCCUUUCAGGAGGUGAUUCUGACGGACUACUUGGAGGUAAAUCGUCAAGAACUGAAGAUGUGGCUAAAUAAUGAACAUGGAGUGUUUGACUGGAGUCCCUACUUUGAAUAUGUCUGUAAGCUGGAGGGCAAAGGAGAGUCCUGGAAAGAGAAGCAGAAACGAUUGCGGGAACGUGUGUCUCGUGUGAUCCCAGUUGACAUCCAUCAAUCUAGUCCACUAGGAAGUGAAGUAGCCAGUGGUUCAAUUGACUGUCUGGUAUCUUCUUUCUGCCUUGAGGCUUGCAGUCCCAGUCUAGUGGCCUUUCAUAAGGCACUUGAAAAUGUAGUUGGGCUUCUGAAACCACAGGGGCACUUUUUAUGGAUUGGUGCGUUGGAGGAGUCCUACUACUUGGCUGGAGAGGCGCGGUUGAGCGUGUUGCCAGUAACAGAAGAUAUGGUGAAGAAGGCACUGUCCAAGGCAAAGUGUGUUGUAAGGGAAUUUUCUACCUAUUCCAUGACUCCUAGCAUGAAAGUUGGUGUAGACGACGUGAGUGGGAUAUUUUUUGUUUGGGCUCAGAAAGACGCUCCAAAGUGAGGCACUCAAUCACAUGAACUAUUAAUAAUAUUAGAUAUAUGGAGAGGGCUUCAGGUAAUGUAAUGAAAUGUAAUGUAUCACCUAUCUAUAUGCCAUAUAUAAAAAACAUAAAUAUGCAAAUAGUAUCUAAUAAAUUCCGCUAUUAAAAACCUGUG